UUUUGUGUUUCAAUGCAUAUAACAGCGUUUUCUCAAAAGAAGUAACUGGAACGACAAUGCAUUUCGUCGAAGACUUUGAAAAUUAAUAUCUCGAAACUGGUGCAGUCCUGAGAAUUCGUUUCAAGUGGAUACGCCUUGCGAACUGACCGGCUAUAAUUCGUAGAUUUAGAUAUGUGCCGGAAGGAAAUUAAUGAACAUGUUAACUGCCGUUAAUAUGUUGCUUAUAUAAUGAACUAUUUUGAUUUCUCGUAGUAGUAAUGGCCGCCAUAUCGAGGAAUUUAGAUCAAGGGUUAAAGUUAUGUUAUCUGCCCAAGGCAAUUUUUAAAAAUUUUGGACCCUGUCAAAAAAAAAAAAAAAAAGAACACCGGGUAUAUUUACACAUGCGUUAUUGUUAUUCACUCACACUCCCCUACAUGCCCUUUACAGGGCUGACAGUAUUCAAACAUAAGCAAAUAAAAUAUGACAUAAAUAAAUAAAUAAAUUACCACGGCAGCGUAAAUAAGGUUAGGAAAUAGGUUUUCGGAUAGGGUAUCGGAAUUCUGUGCGUCGUAUAGUUCUGGUGGUACAAUUUCGCAUUCGUUGCACAGCAUGUAUAAAUAACUUUAGCUUCACUUUUUCUGAUUCACCCUCUGCCCCGACAGCGUCCAAUCUCCCGAUCACAAGCGCGCACCGCCACGGCCGAGCCAUGUGCUCGGCGCCCAUCGCAAUGUGCGGCAUGGCGAUCGUGUGCAGUGUGCUCGCGCGCGCGGCAGGCGCGUCGCCGAGCCUGUCAUCGACGGGCGAGGAAGGCGUAGAGGGCGGUGGCCUGUCCGAAGGCGCAACUUCGGCCCUCCUCCGGGGCCUGGUGGCCAGCGUAGUGCCCGUGCUGCAGCGGUCCCUCGCGAGCUCCAACGUGUCCGCCGUGUGCACGGGGGCGCUCAUGGACUUCUCCCGGAGGAUACUCAAGAUGGACAUCGCCGCCUGGAGGUUCCUCGACGCCACGGGAAAGUUUCCUUCUGGCAUCCUGGAAGGCACCACGGGGGACCUGGGCGCUUACGACGAAUGCCUCUCCUCGAGACUCGAGGCGAUCGCCGGACACUCGCAGGCGUUUUCCUCCCGUGGCCAGUACUGCAGCGUGUUUCUCAAGCCGAAGCAGUCGCGGGCAAUGGACAAGCUCAUCGUACAGCUGACGCGCUACUCUGUCGUCAAGAAGCGGUUCAACCUGACCAUGGCGCGUAAGGCCAUCAAAAAAGGACGUGUCCGCGGCCUGCGCUUCGGUCUGUGCGUUCCAUCUGCCUGCUCGGCCACAGAAGUGGAGGCCAUCCUUGGAUCACUCACCCAGCUUGUCAGCUUGACUUCAGCGGUGGCCAGUUGUCGAACCGACGAGAAGAAGGAAUUGAAUGGCACUCAGAUCGCUUUCGUGGUGUUAUACUCUACAUUGGCAUUCUUAGUACUUCUGGGAACACUAUUCGACAUGCUAGAAAGGUUCAAGGAGAACGACCAUCCUUUGCUGCGGAAGGACCAGAAGACAGAACACCACUAUAAAAGAAGCACCUCACCGGUUCAUCUUCUGUGGGCACGGCGGACGCGGACUGGCAAUGACGCUAACCAGGACUCUGUUCUGCGUUCUGCAGGAUUCUGGGCAGACACGUUGAAGGCGUUUUCUGCCAUAAGGAACACGGAAUCGCUGCUCAAGGAGACGCCAGCCGAGCACGAGUGCCUCAAGUGCCUGAACGGGAUGCGCUUCUUCACUGCCCUGUGGGUCAUCUUGGGACACAGCUACAACAUACUGGACCCGCAUAUCCUCGGAAGAGGUCUUGGAAUGUUCGAGAUGACGCAUGAAUUUUUCUUUUGCAUUAUCGCGAACGCCUACCCCAGUGUCGAAACCUUCUUCGUUCUCAGUGGGUUCCUUCUAGUGUACCAGAUGUAUCCCAAACUCAAGGACAUGCGUUCAAGAAUAAUAGUUUUCUUCACGGCUGAGAUACGACGCUACAUCAGGUUGACCGUGCCGACGGCGUUCCUGCUGGGCGUGGCGUUCCUGUUGCCCUUGGUGGUGCAUGGCCCCGCUGCCGACCAGUGGUUGCCGGGCAAGGUUGCCAACUGCUACCAGAGCUGGCCUGCCGUGCUCCUGCACUACAACAACUGGCUCACGCACGUCCGCAUUUGCUCCGGCCACCUGUGGUACGUAGCGUGUGACAUGCAGAUCUUCACCCUCGUGUCCAUUCUCUGCAUCCUACUGUCCAUAAACGCACGGCUGGGCAUCGCUGCCAUGGUGUCGGUGUCGAUCGGCUGCAACGCCUUCAUCGCCUACUUCACGCAUAAAGCGCAGAUUGGACCUUCGCGUGUCAGCUCGGGUGGCGACGUUUCGAAGAUGAUGCAGGCUCUUGACCUGGUUCAUCAACGACCCUACCCGCACGUCGGAUCGUACGUCGCCGGAGCCCUGGCGGGAUUCGCUUUCGUCAGAUUCCGAAGCGUGCGCAUCGGAAGGGUGGCGCAGCUGACCAUGUGGUCGUUCUCAACGGCAGCCUGCGUGUACGGAGUGUUCGGUGCCUUCAAGUGGCAGAAAGGAGAACCCCCUGUUGGCGCUGACGUGGUGCUGUACAACGGGCUUCACCGCACGCUCUUCGCAUCGGGCAUCAGCUGGGUCCUGUACGCCUGCGCGUCGGGGCAUGCUGGUCCGGUCAACCGUUUCCUUGCGUGGGAGGCUUUCGUGCCACUUGGCCGGCUGACCUUUUCCGUCUACCUCGUUCAUUUCUCCGUGCUGGUCGCUUCGCCUGGAAUGGCACGUGAAAGGAUCUACGUCGCACACUGGUUUCUUGUCCGUGGCUUCCUGGGUAACGCCGUGCUCAGCUACCUGUUCGGCUGGGCCUUCUACCUGGCCUGCGAGAAACCUUUCUCGAACAUCGAGCGCUCCUGCUUCAACCGCUUUGUCAACCGACGCGGUCGCGAUGAGCCACACACCGAUGAGUCUUGCUCGUCGUCUAUGGUCGUGCUCACCGCUAACCAGAGGAACGAGCUGCUCGACGAGGCAUCUGCUGCGAACAAGUUGCAGGCAACAGUGUUGCCUUCGCCUGGCGGCGUCGCCGCUGACUACGGCGGCUGCUGCCGAGACACGCGAUAAUCGAUCCUGUCCGCAGAAAUUGCUGCGAAAAAUUACUAUCGUGGAAACACUAGUUGCAAUUUUUUCUGCUGCCAUUGAAAUGAAGACUAGUGAAUGAAUUUGUCUAAUAAUCGUGCUUGUGCCUUCUGACUUUCUCGUGCCGUUAUUUAUUGCGCUUUAAAUAAAUAAUGUUGUUUCUUUUAAUCGAAUGACAGCAAUAAGUUUCUGGGAAUAUCCAUAAUUAUUGCCGUUUACCCAUUCAUUGUACUUAAAGAAUAAUAAACUGAAACAGAAUAAUAAUAAACUCAAACUGAAUGGUUGCGUUUAUACCAAGAUAUUUUUGUUAAUCAGUUUGCAAGCUCACAAAGCGGCUUGAAGCGAAGACGAAGUUUAGGCAAAUCAGCCUUUCUUAUCAAAGAAACUGCGAAGCCACUGGCAACGCUUAUGGUACGCUGAGACAAAUAAGAAUCUUCACUUGAUUAAGCCAGUUAUGUUUCUGGCGUUCCAAUAGUACGACUCAUAUUGUGAGACAACAACAACAACAACAACAACAACAACAACUAACCAUCAUUCCCACAUUCUCUGAAACGCCAUACUUGUAGCUCCCGUAGGCAAUAUAUAGUGCCAGAGUUCCCUCCAGUACGAAAUUCAUGGACCUGUCUGCGAGACCUGAGUCGCACUAGAAUAAAGGCUUGUUACGGACUCUACCCUUCUGAAGAAACUUAGGACACCCGCGCUGCGUUCACUGGCGCACCACCCCCGCGGGCUCGAAAAAAGAAAUGCAGCUGCUUUCUUGACUGUUCUCCUACACGAUCCAGUCGAGCUUCCUUGUGAGGAACGCUAAAUCGGUUAGUUAGAUCGAAGCAUUCACGUACAACGCGUGCACUUCCGAGAAUAGGAAGAAAAAUGUGCUAGAACUUUGAACAAAAUAGAAGAAAGAAAGAUUGCAGAGAACCACUUCAUGUCAGACUCCUAUAGUACGGCAAAGACGGCUCAAUAAAUAUAAAACUUAUAAAUUAGCUAUAAAUUCAGGCUUAUCAGCGUUGGCCGCUUGUGAUGAACAGCGGAGGGAUGACUUAGUGGUGUCGCUUUUAAAUUCUGCUAUUCAGCCCGUUGAGCUUACGGUUAUGUCGGGCAGCUCGCCGUCAAACUCAUCUUGGUGGAAUGAAGCAUGUACACGGGCUUACAGGCGAAGAAAGCAGCAUAAGAAAAGUCUUCAACAUCGUCACUCACCAAAAAUUGGAUUGACCGUAAUUUCUAUGCAGCUCUGUUAAAAACAACUGUGGCAAUAGAAAAACAUGAACAAAAAAUACGAACUGCAUUCACCUUUGUAAAAACCAGAAAGAAUGUCGACACUUUCUAGGAUGUUACGGAGCAGAGAACCUCUCCAACAUGUCCAUAUGGUCACAUUCCGCUGCUCUAUCACCCAAAGAAGAGGCAGAUUCACUAAAUAAUACAGUGAGAGAGCUUGAAGCACGCUUUACCUCGGAGGUGUAAACGUUCGAAAUCUGAGUUUGAAGGAGCUACCUUUGCAGAAUUUUCCUAUGUCAUCUUAACUGCACAUCAAUCGGCUCCUGUACCAAACCGUGUCACAACUGUUAUGAUUAAAUUAUAUCAUAUUUGUCUGA